AUGAAUUUUAAAAUGUCGAAACGGAGAUAUGGUUUGUGGACAAAAGAAGAUAUAAAAGAGGCUAUUUUUGCUUAUCGAAAUGGUAAUAUUGGACUUAAUGCUGUAUGUGCAAAAUAUGGAAUUCCUAAACCAACAUUAAAAAGACAUAUGAAUCAUCAAAAUAUAUUUGCAAAUGAAUCAAAUAAACAGUUAGGUAGGUGUAGUAUCUUACCUCCUGAAGUUGAGAAAGAAUUAGUUGAACAUGUUUUGAAACUGGAAUCUUGUAUGUUUGGAAUAAAUACAAUAGAUCUUAGACGAUUAGCAUUUGAAAUUGCUGAAAAAAACAAAAUACCUCAUCAAUUCAACAAAGAUGUUGGUAUGGCUGGAAAGAAGUGGUAUUACCAAUUCAUGAAACGCAAUCCAAGCUUUAGUUUGAGAUUACCUGAACCAACUUCUAUGAACGUAGAUGAAACUGGAAUAAGUACAGUUCACAAACCAAGGAAAGUUUUAGCUCUGAAAGGUAAACACCAAGUAGGAGGUAUUACAAGUGGUGAAAGGGGUGUGAAUACCACUGCCAUAUGUUGUAUGAAUGCUGUUGGAUCUUUUGUACCUCCUAUGCUUAUAUUUAAACGUAAAAGAUUUAAAAAUGAGCUUAAAGAUAGUGCACCACCAUUAACAGUUUUUGGAUGUUCUGAUACUGGUUGGAUAACUAAAGAUUUAUUUACUUUGUGGAUAAGUCAUUUUAUAAGCUCACUUUGUCUUAAACCUCUUGGAGAAAAUCCAGAACAAAAAAAAGUUCUUCUUAUACUUGACGGGCAUUCAACACAUACAAAAAACCUUGAAGCCUUAGUUCUAGCUCGAGAUCACGGAGUAAUAAUGUUUUCUUUGCCAUCGCAUACUACUCAUAGGCUACAACCUUUAGAUAGAUCUUUUUUCAAAGCUUUAAAUUCUAAAUAUAAUACUGCUUGUGAUAAAUGGAUGCGAACCCAUCCAGGCAGAUGUAUUACUCAAUAUCAAGUAUCUCAACUGUUUGGCAAAGCUUACUCAAAAGUUGUUGGUAUGGAAAUUGCUAUUAAUGGAUUUAGAGACACUGGGAUAUGGCCGGUAGACAGCUCAGUUUGCCGGGAAGAGGACUUUUUACCUUGUGAAAUACUCAGUGGAGAGACGAGUUCAAAUGCAAAAGCUUCCCAAACAAAACAAUUUCUGCACAUCCAGUGCAAACUUCUUCACUCGAGCAAAAUCCAAAAAAAUCUAGAGCUACUCUAUUGAAACAUAAUGCACAUAAUGACCCACUCUCUAACGUAACUUUAUUAUCAUCAAUGAAAAAAACAG